GCAAGCCAAAACCGCGAUCCGAAAUCUUAAAGCCAGUGGCAUUUAAUUGGUUAAUUGAAAUGUUUCUCGGGAAGUGCUUCCUUUUUUUGGUGCUGCAGGUCCUGUCCUGCCACUGUGAGUUUUUCAGCUCCACCUCGGGUCUGGAGAAGUUAUUCGAAACGGAGGUUGUCCUCUUGGCUGAGCUGCAGAGUUAUGUGAAUGAAAUUAACCAACAUGCCGAGGCGCUGCAGAGUGAAAUAGACGCCAUCCGCGUGGAGCACCUGAACGCCGCCGAUGGAAUCGAUGACUACCUCAACAAUCCGGUGAACGCAUUCCGACUGAUUAAGCGCCUUCACAGCGAUUGGGAGACCUUCGAGGGCAGUGUUACGGCUGAUUCGAGUCGCUCAAACUACCUAGAGUCCAUGGCCAGGCUUAAGGAGAAUCUCAGCUUCCCUUCGCAGGACGACUUCGUGGGCUCGGCCAUUGCUCUUACGCGACUUCAGCAGACUUACCAGUUGGAUGUGGCCGAGCUGGCCAGUGGAAUCUUAAAUGGUGUUAAGUAUGGUACGGCCAUGUCUUGGCAGGACUGCUUCGUCCUGGGCCAGCACCUGUACGCAUUGAGGGAUUACAACCACACUGUUCCGUGGCUGCAGCAGUCGAUGCAGCUGCUCGGGGAACAGUCUUACGGAUCGGAGUCCGCCUCUCUGGACUUUAUGGAGGCAGUGGUGGAAUAUCACAGGGAAAUGGGUGCCCACGAGAGUGCCUUGAAUCUGGUCAAUCAUGUGCUAUCCAUUGAACCAGAGCAAAGGAAUCACCUGCUGGAGACUCGUCAGCAUCUGGAGGAGUUGAUCACAGAUGGCGACAAGAACGGCCUGCUUCAUAUGACAGCACGGAGACCUGGAGACUACCAUGAGUCCCGCGAGUUCCGCAUGUACGAGCAGGUGUGCCGUGGGGAGUUGGCCCCACUGCCCUCUCAGCAGAGAAAACUCAGGUGUCGCCUUAGGAGAAGCCGAUUGGGUUACGUUCCAUUUAGAUUGGAGGAGCUGCACCUGGAUCCUCUGGUAGUGCAAAUGCAUCAGGUGGUUAGCUCCAAAGACUCGGAGUUCCUUCAAAAAACUGCCCGACCGAGGAUUAAGAGAUCCACUGUAUACUCCCUGGGCGGCAAUGGGGGAUCCAUGGCGGCCGCCUUUCGCACUAGUCAAGGUGCCUCCUUCAACUACUCGAGGAACGCGGCCACCAAGCUUCUUAGUCAGCAUGUGGGUGAUUUUUCUGGCCUGGACAUGGACUAUGCCGAGGAUCUGCAGGUGGCAAACUAUGGCAUUGGUGGGCACUACGAGCCCCACUGGGAUAGUUUUCCCGACAAUCACAUAUACCAGGAGGGGGAUCUCCACGGGAAUCGUAUUGCCACGGGAAUAUAUUACCUUUCCGAUGUAGAAGCUGGAGGCGGGACAGCUUUUCCCUUCUUGCCCCUGCUGGUGACCCCUGAACGAGGUAGUCUGCUCUUCUGGUACAACCUUCAUCCUUCCGGUGACCAGGACUUCCGAACCAAGCACGCUGCAUGUCCCGUUCUCCAGGGCAGCAAGUGGAUUGCCAAUGUCUGGGUCAGAGAACGCCAUCAGGACAAAGUAAGACCCUGUGAUCUGCAAAGGAACCGAGAGAUCUCUCUGCACUACAGGGACUUCGACUGAUGCACUUAGAACUAAGAAAUAUUCUCAACACUCAUUAAAGUAAGAAAUUAAUUUAUUAAAUGUAUAAAGAGCACUCAGUCCCGA